CAGGCCAAGAAUGCCCUGGCACACAGCUUACAGUCUUCACGCCAUGACUGUGACCUUUUGAGGGAGCAAUAUGAAGAGGAGCAGGAGGCAAAGGCUGAGCUUCAGCGUGCUCUGUCCAAGGCCAAUGGUGAAGUUGCUCAAUGGAGAACCAAAUAUGAGACGGACGCCAUUCAGCGCACAGAGGAGCUUGAGGAAGCCAAGAAGAAGUUGGCCCAGAGACUACAGGAAGCUGAAGAACACAUUGAGGCAGUGAAUUCCAAGUGUGCUUCAUUGGAGAAGACCAAACAGAGGCUUCAGAAUGAAGUUGAAGAUCUCAUGGUUGAUGUGGAGAGAUCUAAUGCUGCCUGUGCUGCCCUGGACAAGAAGCAGAAGAACUUUGAUAAGGUCUUGGCUGAGUGGAAGCAGAAAUACGAAGAGUCCCAAGCUGAACUGGAAGCUUCUUUGAAAGAAACCCGAUCACUCAGUACUGAGCUCUUUAAGAUGAAGAAUGCUUAUGAAGAGUCCAUUGACCAUCUCGAAACCAUCAGGAGGGAGAACAAGAAUUUGCAACAGGAGAUUGCAGACCUCACAGAACAAGUGUCAGAAAAUGCCAAGACUCUGCAUGAAGUAGAAAAGGCCAAGAAGCAAAUUGAGCAGGAGAAGAUUGAAGUCCAGACUGCUCUGGAGGAGGCAGAGGCAUCCCUUGAACAUGAGGAAGGGAAGAUCCUCAGAAUCCAACUUGAGCUUACACAAAUUAAAUCAGAAAUUGACAGGAAGAUUGCUGAGAAGGAUGAAGAAAUUGACCAGUUGAAGAGGAACCAUUUGCGGGUGGUGGAAUCAAUGCAGAGCACCCUGGAUGCUGAAAUCAGAAGUAGAAAUGAUGCUCUGAGGUUGAAGAAGAAGAUGGAAGGAGACUUAAAUGAAAUGGAAAUCCAGUUGAGUCAUGCCAACCGCCAAGCUGCCGAAUCUCAGAAGCAGCUGAGAAAUGUCCAAGGAUUGCUUAAGGACGUCCAAAUCCAUUUGGAUGACUCCUUGAGGACAAAUGACGAUCUCAAAGAGCAGUUGGCCAUGGUUGAGCGUAGAGCCAACCUCAUGCAGGCAGAGAUUGAAGAAAUGAGAGCAGCUCUGGAGCAGACUGAGAGGAGCAGGAAGGUGGCCGAGCAAGAGUUGUUGGAUGCAAGCGAACGUGUCCAACUUCUGCACACACAGGUGACUUACCCAUAUGCAAGCCAGAUAUGA